UUUCAUUUAUUACAUUGCAUAAACCACCUUAGAAAAGUCAUUGAUGCGGACUUCUACUAUCCAAAAGGACUCCCUCCUCUUCGCGUCCAUACUGAUCACUGUCUAGAUGUUCUUCGAGAAUCUGUACAAUGCCACGGCGAUCUCACCCCGAUUCCAUAUCGACCAGACAAAAACAGCUCAUAUUAUUAUAGCGACUCAAUCCAGGUGCAUACUUGUCGCAAUUUUGACGUACUGCGCCAUUGGCUAGCAAAUAAGAGGGAGUCAUUCUCAAUCGACCCUUUCAAGCUUGAAUAG